AUGGCGGACGAGGAGGCGAACCGGCAAGCGCAGGCGGAGGAAAUGGAGGCACUGGAGGCCAUCUACGGUUCAGAUUGCUUCUCGUACUCGAGUGCCGAGCACUGCUGCAGAAUAACCAUCCAACACCCCGAUUCAGUCACAUCUCUGGACAGUCACACCCACCACCAACCCCCCUCUUUCACUCUCCUCGUCCACCUCCCGGCCGCCUACCCCUCCCACGCCGCCCCCGUUGCUGAGCUGGCGCGCUGCGAUUGGCUCCCGGACGAAGAGAGAAGCAGGCUGUGCUUCCAGCUGGACAGGAUGGGGGAAGGGGGAGGCGGAGGGGGAGGAGGAGGGGGAGGGGGAGGGGAAGGGGGAGGGGAAGGGGGAGGGGAAGGGGGAGGGGAAGGGGGAGGGGAAGGGGGAGGGGAAGGGGGAGGGGAAGGGGGAGGGGAAGGGGGAGGGGAAGGGGGAGGGGAAGGGGGAGGGGAAGGGGGAGGGGAAGGGGGAGGGGAAGGGGGAGGGGAAGGGGGAGGGGAAGGGGGAGGGGAAGGGGGAGGGGAAGGGGGAGGGGAAGGGGGAGGGGAAGGGGGAGGGGAAGGGGGAGGGGAAGGGGAAGUGGAGAGCUCAGCCCCGCAUCCGAUGCAUCACAGUCCCUGCCUGCCUGUAGGCAGACGUCCCCAUGUGUGUGUGGCAUCACUCACGCCUGCCUGCCUUCUCCCUUCCCUCUCCCCAUCCCUCCCAGUCCCCAUGCCUCCCCAUGCCUCCCCACUCCCUCUCGUGUGUGCAGGAGCAGCAGUGGAUGUGGCAGCACGCUCCGGUGAGCAGCAGUGGGUGUGGCAGCACGCUCCUGUGUUGGCAGAGCAGCAGGAGACGGAGAGAGAGGAGAACGGCAGAGGGGAGGGCAGGGAGGCAACAGGGGAGACAGAAAGAGGUGCAGCAGUGGAAGCAGCUGCGGCGGCAGAGGCAACAGCAAGGAGAGGAGGAGGCAGAAGAGGGGAGGAGGGGAAGGUGGGGGAGAGUGGGGAGGAGGAGGCAGGGGAGAUAGAGAGGGCUGUUGGCAUUGUGCAUGGCGUUCCUUUCACUGAGAAGAGAAGUACUUUCCAGGCCCACCUGGCACCUGUGGGCUCGCCUGCUGACGUGGCAGCGGUGAUGGACGUCCUCUUGGCCAAUCGCAAGAUAGCAGGCGCCACGCACAACAUCAUGGCCUAUCGGAUCGUGACAGCUGGUGCAAAUGGAAGCACUCAGGUCGUUCAAGACAAUGACGACGACGGGGAGGCAGCAGCAGGCGGCAGGUUGAUGCAUCUGCUGCAGAUUGUGGGGGCGGCCAAUGUG